AUGUAUGUACAUCCUCACUUUACACGGUAUCCAAACGUCACUGAAAAUGCGAAGUGCAAGGUUGUUUUUAUUGAAGGUGGACUUCGAAACAGCACGACCAAUGAAGGAUCUAGACAGAUUUCUGAAGUAGCCACUGUAGAGGCCCCAGAGAACACUCGAUUCUAUGCAAACGCUGAUGCGUUCUACAUUCGCUGCUAUCAAAAUAAAACUAUGAUUUUUGAGAAGGCUUUUGCUGGCAUGAGAGACUUUUCAAGAGAAAAGAACAAGGUUUACCCGUCCGAUGAGACAGAAUCGUUUGAUCGUUAUGGAAGACGACGAAGAAAAACGUCAAUCAUUGAAAAGCCAAAGCGCUAUUCUGUUGAUAUCCUGGGCUUCGACUCAACUUCUCGAACAAUGUUCAUGAGGCAUAUGCCUCGAACAUUAGAUUUGAUGGAUAAACUUGGCUACGAGAUUUUAUAUGGAUACAAUAAGGUGUGUUUCUUCAUAUUUCAAAUAUCAAGAGUGUCGACGAAGUUCAUAAACAUGCAUGGAAUUAAUGCUGCAAGUGAGUGGCGAACUUAA